AGCGUUUGCAUUCAACCAACAACUCAUCGACACAUCAUGGUGUGCAAGCACAUAGAACACGCCGCGGAUCGGUUUAAGCCGCCCCGCGAAUCGCAACAGGUCCACAGGGAGGAGUGCACCCUCUGCUUUGACGGCCAGGAUGGGUCCGACGGUGUCCUUGUCUGCCUUCAGUGCUUCAAUGGCGGCUGCCAGGCCGACGGUCGCGAGCACGCCGCCCUGCACUGGAAGAAGCAGAAGCAUCCCUUUGGCGUUGUCAUCAAGCGCACCCGGCGAGAACAGAAGAAACGGGUGGGCAACUCUAGCAGCUACUGGCGCUACAACCACGGACUAACCCACUUCAAGGACGCGUCUGAGCCUCCUCUCAAGAGGCUGGCUAUCAGUGCGCCGUCAGACGACGAGACGUACGAGUAUACUACGUCUCUUCGCUGCUUCGAGUGCUCGCCGCUCGGCGAGGUCGUCCAGUCUGAGCACCCAAACAUUAUCAAAACGGUCAAUGGGAUCAUGAAGGCGCUGUCGUCGGCCCAGCAGUCCGAGGUCAAGGCUUGGGAGGAAGAGAUUAUUGCCUGCGAGCAUACUCUUACCCUCGACCAGGUGCCUUUAAUCGCCCCGGGGACUGUCGCAAGUCAGUGCACCGAGUGUGACCUCGACCACAACCUCUGGAUGUGUCUCACCUGUGGCUUGGUCAACUGCGGUCGCAAGCAGUUUGGUGGCGUUGGCGGCAACGGCCAUGCGCUUGAGCACUAUCAGGACACUGGGCACCCCGUCGGUGUCAAGUUUGGCACCAUUACCCCCGAGGGCCACGCGGAUAUCUACUGCUACGCGUGUGACGAUGCCAAGCUCGACCCCGACCUUGCAAGCCACCUCGCGACCUUUGGCAUGAACGUCCUCAGCCAGACCAAGACAGAAAAGUCAAUGACUGAGCUUCAACUCGAGCAUAACCUAAAGUUCGACUUCUCGAUGACGGGUGACGACGGCAAGGAGCUCGAGCCCCUCUUUGGCCAGGGACUCACUGGUCUCAAGAACCUCGGCAACAGCUGCUACAUGGCUUCCGUCAUGCAGACGCUGUUCUCACUGCCCGCCUUCCGUGAGCGCUAUUCGUCAAACGUGGCAAACAACCACUUCCACACCUGUGACAACCCGCUUCCUGCCGAGUGCCUCGAGUGCCAGACGCUCAAGCUUGGCGAUGGACUCGUGUCUGGCCGCUACUCAGUCAAGGCCACGGCGCCGCCUGUCGCCAACAGCGACUUUGAGGUCCCCGAGGAGCCCAAGUUCCAGGAGGGCAUUCGCCCCGCUCAGUUCAAGGCGCUCAUUGGCAAGGGUCACGAAGAAUUCUCGACUAUGCGCCAGCAGGACUCUGAGGAGUUCCUCCAGCACCUCCUGACGCGCCUUCGCCAGGAGGGCAAGCGCCUUGGGCACACUGAGGCCGAGGAAGCGACCAACAUUGUUCGCUUUGGAACCGAGCAGCGUCUCGAGUGCGAGCGCUGUCACCGUGUCGGCUACAAGGUCGACAGCGUCGACCUUGCGAGCUUGCCCGUCGAAGCCAUCGAGCAGGGGGUUGACGAGGACGGCAAGAAGCUUUACGCGCCUGUCACCCUCGAGGAGAGUCUCGUUGAGUUUGUUGCUCCUCAGGAGCUCAACGACUACGCCUGCGGCAACUGUGGCGAGCGUGUUCGCGCUGAGACAUCGACAAGAUUCAAGACGUUCCCCGACCUGCUCGUCCUCCACAUGAAGAAGUUCCAGCUGGUCAACUGGGUGCCGACCAAGCUCGACGUGCCAGUCCAGGUUCCGGAGUUCCUCAACCUCGAUGGCUUCCACGGCAAGGGUAGGCAGCCUGGCGAGGAGGAGCUCGACGUCGACGCCACGCCAGACGCCGGGGCUCCCGAGUUCAACGCCGUCGCGCUGGCUCAGCUCGAGGCGAUGGGCUUCCUUACUGUCCGCGCGCAAAAGGCUCUGCUCGCCACGGGUAACAGCGACGCUGACACGGCCAUGAACUGGCUGUUUGAGCACAUGGAUGACCCCGAUAUUGACGCCCCGCUGCAGGCGUCUGGCGGUGGCGGCGCCGAGCCCAACCCCGAGCAGGUGGCCAACCUUGCCGACAUGGGCUUCACUCCCGCCCAGGCUCGCAAGGCACUGCGCGAGACGGGCGGCAACCCCGAGGCGGCUGUCGAGUGGUUAUUCUCGCACCCUGACGACCAGGGUGAGGAGGCUGCGCCGGCAGCUGCUGGCGCUUCCAGCGCGCCCGUCGUCGACAUUGGCGGCUCGGAGCAGCUGCCCGCCAACUACCGUCUCAAGGCAUUCAUCUCCCACAAGGGCCCAUCAGUGCACUCUGGUCACUACGUGGCGACGAUCAGGCAGCCGCAGGGCAACCUGAGCGGUACGUCUGAAUCUCCCGACGAGUGGGUGCUGUUCAACGACGAGAAGGUUGCGCGCGCCCCACCCGGCGGCGGUGAGCAGAUGCGGUCGCUGGCGUAUCUGUAUGUGUAUGAGCGUGUCUAGGGGCGGUAGAGAGGUCGUAGCAUGGCUUGGGUUGAUGGCAGUGACAAUGCAUAAGUGUGUACAAUGA